CUGCCCCCAGGCGGGGAGUCGAGCAAGUUCGGCGCGGUGAGUGGCGCUUGUGCUGGGCACCGUUUGCGCCGUCGGCUCGGUGAAGCGGCCGAAAAGCUGCCGAGGAGACCGGAGUCCGCGUCCUGCGCCGAGCCCAGCCGAGCGACGUUCGGCGGCCGCCUGUGCCCCCCGUGCGUGCUGUGUGUGAGUGGAGUGGCGAGCCGGCGGGGCGGCCGCGAGCGGGCAGAGCAGCAGCCAUCGGUCGGAUCGAAGCUCCCGGCGCGCCGAGAGCCAUGUCGGGGCCGGGCCCGGAGCCUGCCGGCUGCUGAGCCUCGGAGCCCGGGGCCCGGCCGGCCAUGUCGUCGCGGGACAUGUACGGCGGCGCGCAACGGUCGCCUCGGGCGGGCCCCCGAGACGCGAUGCUGGGCGCGCCUCCCCGGACCUCGUACGCGUCCAUCUCGCAGCCUCCGUCGGCGCGGGGCAGCCCCAUCGCCCGCACCUUGUCGUCUCCGUCGCAGGGGCGCCGCAUGCGACCGGGCGCCCAGUACGGCGUGAGCCGGUCGAGCAACAGCAGCCCGCUGACCAUGGGCCACGAGGCCGGCUACUACGGCGACGAGCUGGACCAGCGGGUCUCGCACCGGAGCCGGUCGGCGACGAGGGUGCCGCCGCAGCUGCGCUCCUACCAGGGCGCCGAGCAGGACUUCGUGCCCAUCCGCGACCGGUCGCUCGAGCGCGGUGACCUGGCGAGGCCUCGCUACCGCGACGACAUGUACCGCGAGACGGCCAUCGACGGAGACCCCUACGCCCGCGGCUACGGCCGGGACGGCGGAAGCUUCGUGGCCGAGCUGCAGACGCGCCUCAACGAGCUGCAGAGCCAGUACGGCAGCGUGAAGCGGGAGCUGGACGCCACCACCCAGAAGCUCGGCUCAAGCAUGCACAGUAUCAAGACCUUCUGGAGCCCCGAACUGAAGAAGGAGCGCGCGCUGCGGAAGGAGGAGGCCGCCAAGUACGCCCUCAUCAACGACCAGCUCAAGAUCCUCCGCUCCGAGAACCAGAAACAGGCGUCGCUGAUUCGGCAGCUGGAGGAGGAGCUUCGCAUGGCGCACAUGCGCAAUCCGGACGCCGAGCUGCGGCAGCACCUGGACGCCCUGUACGCCGAGAAGGAGCACAUGGCCAAGGAGAUCUUCCUGCUCAGGGAGACCAUAAAGGAGCUGGAGUUGCGGAUCGAGACCCAAAAGCAGACGCUGGCCUCGCGGGACGAGAGCAUCAAGAAGCUGAUGGAGAUGCUCCAGAACAAAGGCGUCGGGAGCCAUGCGCUGGAGGAGCAGAGGGUGGAAAUGGAGCGGCUCAGGGGCCGGCUCAUCGAAUCCGAGGCCCGCGCCAGGCACCUGGAGACCAUGCUCGACACCAGAGACCGAGAUAUGGGCAAGCUCGACGAGCUUCGCGUGGAGUUGAACAAGCGUGACCAGGAGCUGCUGGCCACGGGCGCCAAGAUGAAAACGCUCGAAGAACAGCACCACGACUACCAGCGGCACAUAGCCGUGCUCAAGGAAUCCCUCUGCGCCAAGGAGGAGCACUACAACAUGCUCCAGGCAGACGUGGAAGAAUUGCGGCAGAGACUGGAGGAGAAAAACAAAUUGAUCGAAAAGAAGACUCAACAGGCUCUGACUGCGACACAAGAGCGGAAUCAUCUGAGCCAGGAGCUUCAGGAGAUCCGGGAUCACAUGGACAUCAAGGAUCGCAAGAUCAACGUCCUCCAGAGAAAGAUCGAGAACCUGGAGGACCUGCUCAAGGAGAAGGACAACCAGGUGGACAUGGCGCGAGCUCGGCUGUCGGCCAUCCAGGCACACCACUCGACAUCCGAGGGGGCCCUGUCCAGCUUGGAGGAGGCGAUCGGCGACAAGGACAAGCAGAUCGUGCAGCUACGCGAGCAGCGGGACCGCGCCGAGCAAGAGCGCAACGAGGAGAGAGACCUGCACGAGCGGCAGCUGGCAGAAUACAGGAUGAAGAUGCACGCCCUGGAGAGCGAGAUGGACAAGCUGCAGGGCCGCCUGGACAAGGCGAGCGCGGAGAAGGACCGACUCGAGGCCCGCCUCGAGAACUCGCAGUCCGAGCUGGGCCAGGCUCGUGCCGAACUGGACAAGAUCCAGACCGAGGUGAGCCGCUCGUCGGCAGACUGGGAGAGACUCCGGGGCGAGCACGCGCGUCUCUCGCUCGAAAACGACCGGUUCCGCGAGCACGUGGGUCGCCUGGAGCAGCCGCUGGCCGCCACUUCGGCGUCUAUAACGACCAGCUACCGGGCGGGGGCGGCGCUGCAGCAGCAAUACCCACAGGACGACCGACUGCAGGAGAAGCUGGACCGCUGCCAGGCCGAGCUGCGCCGCGCGCAGGCUGAGCUGCGGAUGACCCAAGCCGAGCAGGAUCGGGGCCGCGGUGAGCAGGAGCAGCUUCAGGAGAAGCUCGAGCGAUCCCAGGGCGAGGUGUAUCGGCUCAAGGCCAAGCUGGAGAACGCCCAAGCCGAGCGAGAGGCGCUACAGGAGGAGUACGACCGCGUGCAGGGAUCCGUGGCUCGCGGACAGGCGGAUCGGGACGCGGCACAGGCGGAAGUUGAGGCCCUACGCGCCGACUUGGAACGCGUACAGGGAGCACUAGUGAAGGCCCAGACGGUGCAGGAGAAACUGCAGGCCGCGCUGGACCGAGCCCAGCUGGAUGGCGACCGUCUCCAGGAGAAGGUGGACAAGGCUGCUGCCGAGACGCGUCGGCUGGCCGCCGAGCGAGAGCGCUGCCAGGACGAGUUGCAGAGUCUACAGGGACAGCUGGCACAAGCGCAACUGCAGGCGCAGAGGUCCCUCAAGGAGCGCGACACUUUCCAGGCCGAACUGGAACAGGCUCGUGAGAAGCUGGACCGCGCCCAGGCGCUCCAGCAGCGACUGCACAAGGAGCGCGAUGCGGUUCAGGCAGAUGCGGACGCCCUCAGGGACCGGAUGGACCUACUUCAAAGCCAACUGGCUAAGGCGCACAAGGAACGAGAGAACGUUCAGGCUGAAUUUGAGGUGAUGCGUGACCGGCAUGACAAGGCGACGCUGCAGGCUGAGCGCGGACGUGCCGAGUCGGACGCUGCACAGGCGGAGCUGCGGGCGGCGAGGGACCGGGCCGACAAGCUGCAGAUCCAGCUGCAGAAGGCCCAGGAGGAGCGCGAGCUAUGUCACCUGGAGCAGGACAAGUUGCGCGAGAAGCUGGACCGAGCACAGGCAGAGAGCUUCAAGGCGCAGGCUCGCUGGGAUCAGGGCCAGGCCGAAGCCGAUAGACUGGCCCUCGAGCUGGACAAGUGUCAGGUACUACUGGCUAAAACAAAAGACGAUCAGAAGCGCUCCCAAGAGGAGUUUGAGGGGCUGCAAGACCUGUACGUGCGCACUAACGCCCAACUGGCCAAGACCAAAGAAGCUGAGGACAAAUGUCGUCAAGACUUGGACCGAUGCCAGGUGGAACUGGAGGUAGCACGUGAUAGGCUCGAUAAAGCCCAGCUGGAAGCGCGCCGGCUUCAGACGGAGCGAGACCGGCUGCAGGCAGAGGUAGACCGAAUGUCUCUCGACAUGGACCGUAUCCAGACGCAGGUGGGCAAGACACAGACUCAUCACGAGAAGUCCCAGGAAGAACUGGCUAGGAUGCAGGUGGAGCUCGAGAAGCUUUACGAGAAGUUAGACAGGGCCCAGACGGAACUGCGUAAAACCCAGAACGAGAAGGAUAGGCUUCAGUCGGAGAAGGAGAGCCAACAGGCCGAGCUGGAUCGCUACCAGGCUCAGAUGGCCAAGUACCAUAACGUUCAGGACAAGUCUCAGGCAGAUGUCGAGAGGCUGCGCAUAGAUGUCGAGAAGAUGAGGGACAAGUAUGAGAAGACGUUGGCUGAACUCACAAAGCAGAGUGAUGAAGCCGCGCGACUGAAGACCGAGCUAGACCGUGUGCGCGCUGAGAAGGGCGUUACGCAAGAGGAGCGACAGGCUCACGCUGCCGAAAUGGAGCGCCUCUUCAUCGAGGUUGAGAAGGCGAAAGACAAGUACGAAGGAGCACGGGCCGAGCUCAAGAAGCAGCAAGAGGCUCGCGCGCAGCAACAGGCCGAAAAUGAGCGUCUACGCAGGACACUAGAGGCCACUCAGAUCGAACUUCAGAAGGUAUCUAGUGUUACUGAAGACCGCAACAAAGAGGAAGCGGAGAAGAUGGCCGUUGAGUGCCAACGAUGGCGCGAAAGGGCUGAAAAGCUUACCCAAGAAAGGGACGUUUUGCUCGCUGACCUCAAUAGGGCCCAGGCCACGCUGGAUUCGCUUCAAUCAGCAAGUGAGGGUGACCGUCAAAAAAGCAGUGCGGAGGCAGAUCGCUUGAGACACCUCCUAGGUCGAUCAGAAGAAGACCUUCAAAAGACUGUUGGCGAGAACAGCCGCUUGCAGAUGGAAGUGGAACGCCUCAAGCAAGACGUUGAAGACGCAGAGAGGUACAUCACGAGUGUUCAGGAGAGCACGCAGAAGGAGCGCGGCCAGCAAGAAAGCCUUCGCGCGGAGGUAAAGAGGUUACAAGAAAGCCUCGAAAUCGUCCAGGAGGAACUGCGCAAGACGACUCAGGAUCGAAACAAACUUGAAGUUGAAGUACAAGAACUCGUGGGCGAGUUGCAACGGCGCAGCGGGAGCGAUGCUGCAAUGCGGGCUCAGGAAGAAGCCCACUCUAAAGCAGAGAUGGAGCGGCAGCAGCACGAGCUUCAGCAACUCCAGAAAGAGACCAAAAAGACCAACCAGCAUUUGCAAAAGCUGGAAGCCGAAAACCGCGAGCUCAGGGCAAAGUUGGAUAAGGCUCUGGAGGCAGCCACACAGCUACAGAAGCAGGCUGAAGAGUGCAGGGCAGAGAGCAGCAAACUGAAAGAGGCUAACCGGGCGCUGAAGCAAAAGGAACAGCAGCAGCAACAGCAAUUACAGCAACAACAACUGGCGCACCAGCAACAGCUUCAGCAGAAGGCAGAAACGGGACUUAAGAACGGGGAGAAGGAAAAGCUGCAGAGGGAACUUGACCGGAUGCAAGUGGAGAUGGAGAGCCAGCGGGAAGAGGCCCAGAAGCUAAGGAAACAGUUGGACAAGGCUCGAGCGGAGGUCAAGAAUUCUGCCGUGGAAAGGGACCGUUUCCAGGAGCAACUUGAGAAGCUGGUCCAAGAGAUCGAAAAGAGGGAGACUGAGAUCCAGAGCCUUCGGGCCAGGGCCGGCCAGGGCAACCCGAAGCAGGAUGCAGAGCUGGAGGCCCUCAAGAAGCGACUCGACGAGAGGCAGAAGUCUCUAGACGAGUUCGAGAAGCGGCUGAAAAAGAAGAAAGAGAAAUUGGAAGAAGCUGAAGCUGCCCUACAGAAAGUGGGGAGCUCGGACACGGAGCAGGAGUUGGUGCGUCAGCUGGCGGAGAUGAAGAUGCGCUGCGCCGACCUGGAGACGAGGCAGGGAGGCGGAGCGGGAGGCGGAGCCAACGAGGCGGAGCUGGAGCGUCUGCUCCAGAUCAUGUCCUCCCUUGAGGAGGAGAAGUUCAACCUCAACGCACAGAUCAAGGAGCUCCAGGAAGCCCUGAGGGAGCGGGAUGCCAAGCUGAGCAGUCUCAAGCGCAACACGCAGGCUGACAAGACACGUAGCGCCCAGAUGCUCGACGAAGCCCGCAGACGGGAGGGAGACCUCGGCAGGGACGCCUCCAAAGCUCAAGAGCAGUUGGAGCAGCAGCAGGAGCGCAUCGAGGCACUCGAGGAGGCCCUCCGAGAGAGCGUCGACAUCACGGCCGAGAGCGAGGCGCAAGUAGUGCGCCAAGAGGCGCUGCUGCAAGCCGCCCACGCCAAGAUGUGCAAACUUGAGGCAGAGCUGCGAGGGCUGCAGAGCGGCCACAAUGCACGCUGCACCAGCUGCCCCGACCUGAGGCUGCAACUCCAGGACGUGGGGCGAAAGCACCAGGCGCUCUGGGCAGAGCGCAAGAAGCAUCUCGAGGAGCUCUACGACAUGAAGUUGGAGGCUCUGUCGGCGUCCAUCAGUGAGAAGGACGCCCACCUGGCGCUGCUUGAGGAGCAGGGACUCGGGGACGAGCGCACCAAGCAGCAAGCUCAUGCUCUGCGGCUCGAAAAAAAGCGCCUUGUCCAGAGGAUCCAGCAGGAGAAUGAAAGCCGUGUGAAGAGCAUCGCUGAAGCUGAUGAAGCCCUGCAGCGGGUCAACGGGACGUGCGCCAAGGAACCCGUGGAACAAAAAGAAAAGGACUCGUGACGAAGGCUUCCCGCCGGGGCCCCGGGAUGAAGCAUCGUCUGGCCUUGUGUCCAGGGAAUCCCCGUGAACUGGCUCAUUGGACGUUUGUCGCGAGUGCUUGGCAGGAAGUUCCUUCUCCGCGAAGUGUGCUCUUUGCUGAAAGCGUCGCCUGCACUGUGCUCCUUCAGCUGCCUACACGAGCGUCUCGUUCGCACAUCGUUUACGUGCCUUCACGGUGCCAAAAAGGAUGCCUGCGUUUUUUUGGCAGCCAGUGACAGGUGGUCGUCCUCUUUUUUGCCCAAGGAGUCCCGCGGGAGCGACCUCCCCUGCUGCGUUCCAUUCCUUCUCAUAAAGCCGGGCAGCUUCGACUCCUGGCACGUGCGAAUGUUGUAUAAUGUUCCUCUUUGUUGAUUUCGAGUCAUAAUCUUUCCAUCGCAUUUCUGUUACAGCUGAACACACGAGGAAAAUAUUGAUGUUUGAUUUUAUUACUGCGUGUAAAUAUUGCAUGUUUCUACGGGGUAAAGCUUUCGAUGUUCAUGUACAUUCGGGUAUGUUUUUAGUCCUUUCUGUGAACAACUCUUACCAUAGAAAGCAUCGUGCCUCUGUGAGAUACUUGGUUUCUAAAUGUCUUAGACUGUACAAAUUAUGUUUCGUUCCGAUCCAUACAAUUCAAUGUGACGAUGUUCCUCUAGGGCAACGUGUAGAUGGUGUCAAAAGCUACACACGCCGUUUUGAGGCUCUUCCGAUCUAAAUAACCUCGAAGACUCCCCUUCUCCACGAGGGCUGCUCGGCCGGCGACACAAAGCGAAGCGACGCGACUCCCAGAUAACGUUCGCUCGCGACAGUUCCUGCGCCCUCGCGACGGGCGUACUUGUACGGGCAUGCUGCGCUGGCCGUGCCCGCAACAGCUUGCCUGCCAACCCCAGCUUCGACUCGAGCGAGCCAGCGUCGGCGCGCCCUUAGGUUAGCUGUGGCGUCCCUUUAGCAUGUUUGAAGAAUACUCCUAAAAGCACGAGCGCACAUAUCAGCAUACCCGAGGUUGUAAAGCUCGCGCCUGGUUGUGCGAACCGCCGAGCGAAACCACGUCCGUCGGGCGAAUUCCGAGCUUACACAAAACAGCGGCGGAACAGCCGGGACCCGUAGUUGUACACACGUCGCGACUCUAGGACACAUUACUUGGAAUCUCGACUUGCGCAGCGGUGGCCAAUCAUAGCGUUGCAGAACUCGGCACGCGUUCCUGCGUCCGGCCACGCGAGGCUGUUGGGGCGGUGCCGUCGUUGCAGCAUGUGAACUGCGCACAAUCUUGAGCGAUUCCGGAGAGCCAGGUAUCAUUGGGCGAGACCGUUCAAAUCUGUUACGCAACUUUGCAGUGCCUGUCGAAUCUCCCCGACGUCAUAUUUUGCCCCCGCUUUAUGCAUGGCGCCGCCCCCGCAGUUGGUUCGUGCCCCGAAAGGACAGCCCCGUCGAAUAACUUUCGCGCACGCCUUUCGAGAGCCGUACACGGCUGGAGUGUGCUGCUCGUUCAGGUUGCCUUUGAGGACAGUGUCCUUCACGGUGACAGGGCGACAUCUCGCUGUGUCUUCCUUUUGUUUCGGUCUUCGCAACAAAAGUUUUAAACGCGGGAGAUGUUUAAGCGAGUUCACUCAAGGUUCAUGUCGAACAACGAGAAAUGACAUGUAAUCGGAAGUACAUUCACGCUGAUGUUGUUUCAUCGGGAUAACUCGGUCUCGAAAAACUAAAUGCGCUUAAAUGUUGAAUGGAGUUCCCGCGUUUUAUCCGAGGGCACCCAUGGGUUGCGGCGCAUUUUUCAUAUUUCUUUUUUAUCCUCUACCAAGCUUAUACUCCCACUCUAGAAGUGCACACGGUACUCUGUGCCUGCGUGUCUGUUCGCGUGCGUGUGCUUGCGUGGCACACGUUGCGUUUUGUUUUCUCGUGGCUCCGCGCUCGUCCUGCGUGCAUGUGAUGGUAUGCGUGUGUACAUAGUUCGGUGUGAGCGCAUCUUCAGAUGGCCCGGUGCGCAACAAGUGCACUUCAUCGCAUGGGACUCGCGGAACGGCGCUGCGCUUCUUGCAUCUCCUUGGUCAGUCUGGGCGCGCUGGCGUCGCGAGUCAGCCAGCUCGAUGCAAGCUACGUUUUGCUGCCUUUUAUGCGACGCGAGGCUUCUAAAGGCUGGUUUGGACAUCUGGAUCAAGGCUGGUUUGGAUAGCAACCGGAACGACAGCAGCGACAGGGGGACGGGGACGCUCCCUUUGUAGCCUGGCAACCAGCUCACGGAGCCAAGGGGUCGGUCACGUCGCGUGCGACUGACCAAUCACGGACGAUUUUGUAGAUUGAUUAACUGUGGUGAACGGCGCACGUGGUUCUCGUGACCCUUCUGUGGUCGCUGUCGUUUCAGAUGAUGUAAACGCAAUCGACUCCAAGGAACAACCCUGGAUUUGGUUACGUUAACAGAAACUGGAGCAACAAAUGAGAGAGCCCGCACGACGUCGUGCUUGAUAUGCCCCUUGGUAACUGACUUUAAGGAGUAGACGGGUCGAAUGUGUCGCUUUCAACUCAGCGCUUUGGAGACUGAUUCGUGCAGCGACUCCUCGCAUGGCCACGCGACGCCGUUGUCCCGCCGACUCGUUGCUGUCGUUCCAGUUGCUGUGUGAACGCAACCGACACAAAAUGUACGAACCUGCCCGAAGUCGUCGAGAGAAACGCACGUGUGCACUUGAUCUUUCACGUGAGCUAGCCUGGCACGAUUGUCGGAGUUCUGAGAACGUUCCGGCACGAACGACGACUGCGCUGCGGUCGUGCAUCGCUCCACAAGAACACCGGAAAGGCGACCGCGUGCCCGUUUCAACACUGCCAACGCAUUUAGGUCCGGCCUGGCGAAACUCGGCGGUCACCGUCUCGCCUAUGUCUCCUUCUCGAGACGAGGGUGUUUUCUUUUUGGUCCACGUCGCGUUAAGUAUCGCGCGUUACUCUGAAGCUUGCUGGUGAACGGCCCCGGUUCAGCUUCGACUCGAACGUCAUGACGCGUACUCUGGGCUGAGCGCGCUUUAUGCUGCCCUGGAGCGACCACCCAAAAACUCCGGACGACCAGAAUUCGCCGGUAUUCCAUAUUCCGGAGAGGGCGUUAGCUCCUGUUCGCCGAUUCCCUGACAGCAGCUCCCCAAGCCGCUGUUGGGCCCUUUGGGUUUCUUCCUUCUCCAGCAUAGCCUAUACACCCGGGCGACUCGCCGUGUCCGAGCGCUCUCUCGCGGCGAGGCGCGCCAACAGCAAUACACUCCCGCCUUCCCGCUCGAUGGCGUGCAUCCGCCGACCUAAAACAAACGUGCCGUCUGCGCUUACCACUCGUGGCUGCAACGGAAAUGUGCGUCAACACUUUCUCUCUCCCCCCUUCACUUUCGAAAAGAGUGUGCCGGACGUUUUUGUUUUAAAAGAAAGCAUUAAAAAGCCGUGGUUGACCACCAAA